UUCUUACCAUUUUAUGGUAGUGAUAAUAAUUUGAUGCUCUAUUUAUACAACAAUCCAAAACUCUAUGAUUUAUCAUCCUCUUAGAAUAUUAGACCAAUUCUUUAAUCAAACAUUGAUUGACCUUACAAGUUCCAAUCAACAAUCUCAUUCAACAUUCAACAUUCAACAUUCAACACCCAUAUCAUGUUCAAAAAAUCUCAUCCUUCAUUACCUUUCAUUUUUAACACAUUUGCUACCAAUCCAUUUCUUUAGUCCUUUAUUUUAUUACUGGGCUGUUCAUCUGUUGCUUUCUUUUCUGGAUCAUUUCCCACUUUUCACUUUCUCAAAUCAAGUUUCUAUACGCUAAAUUUCACUUAAAAAUCACAAUUUCAGAUCUAUUUUUGCAUCAGAAAGCAAUCCCAAGUGUAAAUAAUUACCCAAUUCAAUUGGGUAAGAAAGAAAGCUGAAAUCUUUGGCACCCAAUUCAUUUUUUAGGGUUUUAUGAUUAAUGGGUGCCAAAUUUAGCAAAAGAUCCAAAAUUCCGACAACCCCAUCAAUAUCCAACAAUAAUAGUAGCAGCAGCAAUGGCAGCAGUGGAUCGAAUUCAGUAACAAGCAAUGAUUUGAACUUCUAUUUAGCAGCUUGUCAAAAUGACCCAGAUGUGAAAAUCUUUGAUUCUAAGCUACAACAACAUGCUACUGCAGUUAUCAACACUUUUACUGGUUCUGAAAAUAGUGGGUUUGGUCAACAGGUUAGUUCUCUCUCCUUUGACUCCCUAAGACAAGUUACUGGUAGUCUUAUGGAUAUGAAUCAUGAGGUUGUUAAAGUUAUUCUUGAUUGCAAAAAGGAUAUUUGGAAGAACAAGGAAUUGCUUUCACUUGUUGAGGAUUACUUUGAAUAUAGUGUUCAAACAUUAGACUUUUUCACUGCCCUUGAUCAAUGCCUCAAAAGGGCUCGUGAUCGCCAUUUAAUUAUGCAAGUUGCUAUACGACGAUUCGAGGAUGAAAUGAGGGAAAAUCAUGAUUGUAAUGAUGCUAAUGAUAAGUUCUGCAAUACAUUGAGGGAAUUGAGGAGUUUUAAGGAGGCUGGGGAUCCUUUUGGGCAGGAAUUUUUCACAAUAUUUCAUUCUGUUUAUACCCAACAAGUCCAAAUGUUGAGGAGAUUACAGCUUAGAAAACGAAAACUCGAUAAGAAAAUGAAGUCAGUUAAGGUUUAUAGGAAGGUUUGUAACAUCAUUUUUGGUGCUGCUUUUGUAGCUGUUGUGAUUUGUUCUGUUGUUGCUGCAGCAAUUGCUGCGCCGCCUGUGGCAUCGGCGUUGGCAGCCGCUGUUUCUGCCCCAAUCGGAGGGGUGGGGAAAUGGUUCAAUUCGUUAUGGAAAAAGUACGAGAGGGAGUUGAAAGAGGAAAAGGAUUGGAUCAUUGAAAUGCAGCUUGGAACAUAUAUAACUAUUAAGGACUUGGAUAGCAUUCGGGUUUUGGUCGAGAGGUUGGAGAUUGUGAUUGAUUCAUUAUUGUCGAACGCUGAGUUUGCGAUAAGGGAUGCCGACACUUUGACAUUAGUGAUGGAUGAUAUUAAGAACAAACUGAAUGUGUUUAUGGAAGGAAUUGAUCAAAUAACAGCUCAUUCUGAUAAAUAUAGCAGGGGAAUUAGACAGGCUAGGACUGUGAUCUUGCAUAGAAUUAUAAAGUAUCCUAGUGCACCUAUUUAAGUAACUUGAUUUGCUUCAUGGGUUGUUCAAAAGCUCAACGCUUUACACAGAUUAAGCAGGAAUCCAGGAAAAAUGUCAUAUUUUUCUAAAUAUAGAAAUUUGGUUGACAGUGAGAGUAUUUUGGGAAGUGAGCGCGUUUAUGCUGCCUGCUGGUACAAACCUAGCAAGAGGAUAGUGAGGCAGCUUGUCUCUGGUAUGCAUAUGUUUUGGUACAAUGCUAUCCAUUCUUGUUGAUGCAUAGUUGUAUAAUUAUGUUUGAAUUAUACUCAUGCUUACUCAAUUGCUUAUAACAAUAUGUUCAAUUGGAGUGGUUCAAGAAUACAAUUAUGUGUAGAUGUGAUGCUUUUUUGUAUCACUGUAAAGUGUAAACUCUCUGGCUCUAAAAAUGUUUCAUUAUUUUGGAGUUGGGUUUAAAAUUUUCUGAAUAAAACAAUCAUAGAAUUGAUUUAUCUAGUAAA